AUGAUGAACUUUACCUUGGUAACAGCUUUACUCUGUAGCUUCAGUUGGAUCUCUGUCUCAGUUUCUGAGUUUCACACUGUGGAGGUUCAGCCUGGUGAAGAAGUCACACUGAUGUGUUCAAACUUUACCAGCACGCCCUCUCACAUAAACUGGUUCAGACUGAACAACAGAUCCAAUGCCAGCUGCAUCUCCGCUAUGAUCAGCUCGGUUGUCAAUGCUACGUUCUGUGAUGGAUUUAAAAAUAGCAAAUUUAAUAUGAUGUCCAACAUCACUACCCUCUUUCUCAAGAUCAAACAAGUGGAUUUAUCUGACUCUGGACUGUAUUUCUGCGGAUUUAUCUCAAAUAGCAACUCCGCAAUUGACAGUGCAACUUAUUUAAAGGUUCAAGAAGCAUUUGAUGGAUUAACAAAGAUAACGAUUGUGAUCCUGGAUGCUCUGAUUAUUAUACUCGUUAUGGUCGUCAUCGCUCUGGUUGUCAAGAUCAGGAAACUUAAUGCAGCUCAUAAAGAGGAACAGAAUCUGCAACACAGUGAGAAUCUGGGCUCUGAUGCUCUGAACUAUGCAGCGCUGAGUUUCCGCCCAAAAGCCAAAAGCAGCAGAAGGCUUGAAUCAGAGAACCAGCUGGAGUCAAAUGUAGUGUAUGCUGCCACCAGCAGCUCAGAGUUGAACUAAUGCUUUAUCAUGUUC